AUGGGCGCAUCACAGUCUACAGGUGGACUCGAGGGUGCUCCGUCUCUAGAACAGCUCAGCUUUCUACUAGCUGAACGCUUUGCAACAAAGUGCUUCACUCCCUUAGAACUUACUCAUUUCAAAGACAACUUUUAUUCGCGGGCACUCGACCAAGCGGGAUUUCGGUAUUGGAACGAGAAGAUCCUUUCGGACUUUCUCGGCAUACCUGAUGGAAUCUAUACCGAUGAGAAGGGCGGCAGUCAUGAUGGCCGCCUUGAUGCGGGUCCCGUCGUGUUCAGAAUGGUGUCAUACUUGGGCGCGUUCCCUUUCCAGAAAACCCUUGCGCCUAGCGUUUUGACUUUCGAGGCUAUGGUCAAGGUUGUUGUGCUCCUCACUGAGAGAUAUGGCAAAGUCCUGAGAAGAGGUCGUAAAGAUCGUGUCAAGCUGCUUUUUGGAAGUCUUGCAGAUGUCGGAAGACCGCCCGUGCGAGACACAAAAGAACAUCAACUCUCCGAACCCUCUGAUAACAAUGGAGAAGGAUCACAAGGGCCUUCGUCGCAUGCGCCGGGAUUUUCCAUCGAUGAGCCCGCUAACGACGACUAUGAUGAAGAAGUUGAUGAUGACGAUCUAGCAUUAGCAGCAUUGGAAUCACUAGAUGCUAUUGAGGUUUUUAAACAUGACCAACGAAUUGAUCGUACAGUCUAUGAGGCACGCAUAUCCGUGGACACAUUUCGUCGUCUUCUUAUGUUACUCCUCGUGAUUACUCCGUUGAGACCAUUUGAGACUGUCACCAAAUAUACUUAUGAUUUAAGCUCGGAAGAGCAGGCUUCCAUCAGACACGAAGCCGACAGCAUCAUCUCUAGUUUCAGUGAAGAAGAACUCCGGGACGGUAUUGGAUACAAAUCAUUUUCGAAGAUGGUUUCCCUCAGCUUACCUCAUCUCUUUGAUCCCUUGACGCCACUAUUUGAGCAUCUUUUGUUUAGUAAAAAUUUGGAUCUGUCUCGGAAACGAACUGGAUCUGAAACCAAUCCCGAGACUUCGCCUACGCAGUUGUCGAACGAUGAAACGCCAACCCCCGGCCAUCCGGCUGCGAUUUUGCUUCCGGGGAGCUUUGAAUCUGCAAUACUCACUCCGAUAUUCUUCUCCACAUCAACCGGCAUCGCUAUCGGCUGUGAGGUCGCAGCAUCUGCGCACCACAAAACGAGUUAUGGCCCCGGCGUACCCUCUUCCUCCCGCCACCAUAGAAACAACAGCAAUAACAAACAACACGCACCAAUCCCUAAUGGCGCGGGCAGUCUCAUCAUAGACGCCGGUCUAGAAACAGCACAACUACACGUAUCCUACCUGGCCGGUAGUUCCGGCACUUUCACACCAGCUGUCCCUCCUAUCCUUCCAACCAUUACACACAUUGAUAUCUACAACCUUGAAAUAUGGGGUAUUAUUGAGCCGGUAUCGUCGGCAACAACGGGAGGUAAUACUAAUACCAUUUCGCAACAGCGCGCAGCGUGGCAGUUCGAUGCCCGUGAAGCAGAGCGUAGAAAGGGACUUAAUGUUAAAUUGGGUGCAAAUGCAUCGGACAGUGAUUAUCAGAAUGCGCGUGCUUUGCUCGAAAUGGCUGGUAUUAUAGGUGAUCAGGGCCAGCGGAGUGGAGGCAGUGUAUGA